AUGUACACAUUGGCUGUCUUUUUAAUUACCACGUCCAUUGUUAGUGGCUCGGUUCCACGUAUAGUGGGUGGUAAUGAAGCUGAAGACGGUAAAUAUCCUUACCAAGCGUCAAUCAGAAUUAAAGGUUCACACGUAUGCGGAGCAUCAAUUAUUAAUCCUUAUGUCAUCCUUACCGCCGCACGCUGUAUUUAUAAGAAAGUACCAUCACAAAUGACGGUUGUUGUUGGAACCAAUUAUUUAUCACAACCUGGUGUUGUUCACACAGUCAACAAAUUGAUUUGGCACGAAUUUUACAACGAAUACCUAGUCCGUAAUGAUAUCGGUUUAAUACUCGUAAAUGAAUACAUUAAAUAUAACGACAAAAUUCAACCGAUUCCACUUGCAAAGGUAUAUUAUGUACCUCAAGAAACAAACGCUGUAGUAACCGGUUGGGGAAAAUUAAACAGUGGAUCAGGUGGCAUGUCUAACGUGUUGCAAGCGCUAAAUGUAACUAUAGUGUCGCAGGAAGUGUGCCAAGUGUACGAUUGGAUGGCAACAAAAAAUAAUAUAUGCACGAGUACAAGACGAAAUCAAGAAGCUUGCUCCGUGAGUGCAUUGAAUUUAGUUUUAUAAUUCAUUUGACUAUAACGUUUGAUCAAGUUCAUUGAUAAGAAUGUAUCAAUAAGCUAGAGUUUUGUUUCGUUUCUAAUAGUUGUAUUUUUGGUAAUACCAACUUGUAGUAACUCUAAUUUCGCGUAACAAUGAUAAAUUUAAUUCAAUAUAAUUCUGUUAUAAAGUCAUUGAAAUUUAUAUCGAUAUUGCUUGCCUUAGGGUGACCCUGGUAGUCCUUUGGUUUUUAAUGGUAUACAAGUGGGGAUCGUUUCUUAUGAUCGAUCAUGCGACUAUCUCAGCGUGUACACCAGAGUGUUUCCUUACGAACAGUGGAUAAAUAAUAUUACAAGUAAUUACCAUGGUAUAGGAUCUCAAGUAAAUUCAAAUAUGUGGACUACAUUGGUGCUUGCAGUAUCAAUACUCGUCUUCUCUUUACAGUAGUAAAGAGUUUUGUCGUAAGAGUAUUAAGCUUUUUACUAACUUUAAAUUAGAAUAAUCAGUAGAUACCUAGUAAGUUGAAAAAUAAAGAUGGAAGGAAGAUAGUUUAUAUACGAAAUGACGAUAUAAAUUAUAACUGACGUAAGUUGUAUAAUAUCAUAAAAACACAUAUUUUUUCGACCAUCCACAAAGUGAAGGUAACGGAAAUUUAUUCACGAAUAUCAGUAAAUUAACAAAUAACGUGAUAACUAUUAUUAAAAUUAUAGUCUUAUACUAGUGAAAUUAUUUGCCUAAUUUACUUUAAUAAAAUUAACCGGAAUUAAGUAGAAACAAAAAUACCAUCGGAAACUAUAUUUUUACAAUAUCUUAACAGAAGCUCAUAAACAUGAAUUAGUAUAAUUGACCUACUAAGACAUCCACUUCGUAGUCUAAUUCUACUUCAGUUUCAGCCUUUUCUCAAUGGGAGGCUUAAAAUUACCGUAUUUCGAGAAAAGUCGAGGCACAGUAAAUCUUCUUGUUCUUCGACAUUGAGAACAAUCUCCAUACCAAUUGCUUGUUGAUAAAUGAAGUGACAGUGGAAUAACCAAUAU